UCAACUUUGGGGGCAAGUCUGGCUGAGAACAAGCAAUCCCAGCCUCCCCUCCCCAAAGAUCCUGUUUUGUCCACUUCAGUCAGAUCUCCAAGAUUGAGGAAAGCCAGUUAUACUUGGGUGGCAAAUCCAAGUAAAUCCUGCCGGCCUGCAAAGAGGUGGGCUGCCUCCAAGUCCCCUGAAAACGCACGCCACUCGGCGGUGGGUUCCGAGAAUCUUGCCAAGCCACAGCCGAGGGACUUGGGAGCAAAGCAGAAGAAGCCCAGCGUGCUUUCUUCCAAGCUUGGGAUUUCUUCUAGCCAGUAUAAGUGGAAAGCAUCUGGCCUCCAGCCUUCUCCCUCCAUGUCUACGUUCACGUGGCGGCGGAAGGAUUGCAACCAGGCCGGGGUUUUCUCCCAGGUGGGAGCCAGCACUUCCCUGCAGGCCAUGAGGUGCCUGCCUCUUGGUCACGGGAACCCAAGAUCCUCCUUUGGAAGUACAGGCUUUUUAAAUUACAAACUAAGGAGCCGCACUAAAAUCAUCAAAAGGAAGGGAAGCGCCUGCUCUCCAGCGGAUAAGAGGAACGCCUCUUUGCCCAGCCUGCUCCUGAAGAGUCGCUAUUCGCUCAGGAAAAAGACCUCCCCCCGGGGAAGGUCCUCGCCCACGGCCAGAAGAGCUGCCCCAAAGGGCCUGGUACAGAUCGGCAAGCACUGUCUGCGCCGCCUGCCAGCAUCCCGGUUUCAAGCGUCCGCUAAAGCAGGAUCCAGCUUCCUCCUCGCGGGCCCGAAUAAAGUGGUAAAUACUCGCUAUAGGAUUGUGAAGAAGACUGCCCUGCCUCCUUCGGGCUCUUCAGCAUCUUUCAGCAGCCCUGCCCAUGGCUGGAGGACCAGAAGGCUCUCCGCAUCCAGGUCUCUGGGGCAGAAUUCCUCCCGCCACCCUACCAUGGGGAGCAAGUCCCAGGCUUUGCAGCACCGCUGGAGGAACAGAAGCCUGCGCUGUAUUGGAGGAGUCAUGUACAGGGUGUCCGCCAACAAGCUCGCCAAAACCUCUAGCUCCCCGCUCAAGAGUGGUGAAGCCACAUGCAGGAGCCACGCCAGGGCAGCACGACUCGAUUCUGCACUCGGAUUCUCGGGCUACUCUCCACCCGUCUGCCCCAGCAGGGCAGCCACGAGCCGAUACAUCGCAAGCCGAGCUGUCCAGCGUAGCUUAGCCAUCAUUCGCCAAGCCAGGCAGAAGAAAGAGAAGAAGAAAGAAUACUGCAUGUAUUACAACCGAUUUGGCAAGUGCAACCGCGGGGAGAACUGCCCUUACAUCCACGAUCCAGAAAAAGUUGCCGUCUGCACAAGGUUUCUCCGUGGCACAUGCAAGAAGACGGACGGGACAUGUCCCUUUUCGCACAAAGUUUCAAAAGACAAGAUGCCCGUGUGCUCGUAUUUCCUGAAGGGGAUCUGCAACCACGCCGACUGUCCCUACAGCCACGUUUACGUGUCCAGGAAAGCUGAGGUGUGCUCCGACUUCCUCAAGGGUUACUGCCCGUUGGGUGAGAAGUGUAAGAAGAAACACACUCUGGUGUGCCCAGACUUCUCCAAGCGGGGCACCUGCCCCAAAGGCUCCCAGUGCAAACUGCAGCACCCCCAGAGGAAGCGUCCAGCUCGACCACUCGGAUCGCAACACGACCCCUCAUCGUCUGGUCGGGAGAGUCCUGCCACCAAGAUGUUGAGCCCGGCCGAGUCUUGGUGGCUGGGGCGCAAAGCAGGUUUAAUGGCGUGCUGGUGUCGUCAAGACCAAAGAAAGCCCAGUAGGCUGACAUCAGCGCUUCCCGUGCUGCUCAUAGCCCAGUUGUGUCUGCCUGUGUGUUCAGAGCCACAGAUCCUGGAGCGCAGAUCUCACCUAGGAGCAAAAGCCAGGAAAGACGACGAAGAUGUUGUGGGACCUUCCAGGGCAGAGCAGGGCAAAGAUGUCCGGGACCCCCUCGCCCCCUCGCAAACCAGCAAACUAGCCAAGCUGCCGUCCUUCAUCUCUCUCCAGACGCCCCCCACAUCCCCGAGCGAGGAAGACCGCAAGCCAGAGACGGACAGGCACGGAGAGGAAGCAGGAAAGCCUCUGCAGAUCAAGCCCAGACUGUGACAACAAUGCCCACCUCCAUCAGAGCGAAGACCUGCCCAGCCGCCGAGCUCUCGGCCGACCGCCUCAGGGAUCGGACGCCACCCCGGCGACUACCUCAGGGAGAUGCCCCGCGGAGGCAGGCGGUCCGGGAUCCCGCUCAACUGGCCGGACACCGGCGGCUGUUCGUUUUGUGUGGGAAGCGGGCCGUGCGUGAAGAUCCUGGCGCCCUUGUCUCUCCCCCUGUCCGAGAGGGCCAGCUUUGGGGGUUUUUUUAAAAAAAUUAUGAUUAUUCCAAUAAAGGAGCUCUUUUGUUUCA